AUGGACGACUCAGGCCUCAAUAGUCCUCACCCUCUUCAAGAUAAAAACGCCACUGUCACCACCACAAAUGAUACUAAAAGCAAAAGCAUUGAUAGCACCACCACCACAACCAGUGAAAACAACAGCUCAAAUAACUCAAUCGUCAAUAAUAACACCAACACCAAGAAGUGCAAAGGCAAAGGUGGACCAGACAAUAGUAAGUUUAGAUACAGAGGAGUGAGACAGCGAAGUUGGGGCAAAUGGGUCGCUGAGAUCCGUGAGCCUCGAAAACGGACCCGUAAAUGGCUUGGAACUUUUGCUACUGCCGAAGAAGCGGCGCGUGCCUACGACCGAGCUGCUAUUAUUCUCUACGGUUCACGAGCUCAGCUUAAUCUUACACCCUCCAGUUCCACGUCAUCACAAUCUUCAACUUCGCGGGGCUCAUCAUCUUCUUCUUCUUCAGCUCAAACCCUCAGGCCUUUGCUUCCUCGUCCCUCAGGUUUUGGCUUCACUUUAUCCAGUUCCGCCCCAUUUAUGGCUCAGCCGAUUUCUAUGGCGGCUGGUAUGGGUUCUUCAACUGGGUUUAUGCCCUACGGGGUUUAUCAGAAUGUUGUUAAUGUUGGUUCCAAUGUGUUUUGUCCUAACAUAGUACAAAAUACUAACCAACAACUGAUGCAACAAUUUCAUGAGUAUCAGCAUCCUCUGACUGAUGGGACGAUUAUUAACUAUGGAGAUUCUGGUGGAGCAAUAACCCCGUACGUCAACCCGUACGAUGAUAUCAACUCACUCGCGGGUUAUAUGGGUUCAACUUUGUCACUUUCUACUCAAACUGUUGUUGCACCACCUGCCCCGGAUCCGAUUAUUGCGGUUGGACCCGGAUCGCCGACCGUAUGGCCGUUGACAAAUGAUGAGGAGUAUCCAACAACUGCCCUUUGGGAUUAUGCUGAUCCCUUCUUGUUUGAUUUUUGA